AGGAACUUCCGGUCGGCGCGGCCAUCUUGACUUCCUGACCUUGGAGUCCGGCUGGCCGCGGUUCUCGGUCUCUCGUUCCGUCAUGUCCGCGCUGACGCCGUUGCUGCUCAGGGGCCUGACCGGCUCUGCCCGGCGACUGGCGGGACCGCGCGCCCAGGUCCACUCGAGGCCGCCGCGGGAGCAGCUCAGGCCGCUAGAUGUCGCUGUUGGGCUUACUUCCUGCUUCCUGUGUUGCUUCCUGCCUGCCGGCUGGGUCCUAUCACACCUGGAGGACUACAAGAAGCGGGAGUGAAGGGCCCUGUCCUCCCUUUAUCCUGUGCUCAGACCACCAUUGCCAUCCCGUCUUGAUCAUGUUUCCUGCAUUCCUGGCUGGCCUCCUGGAUCAUGUUGUGCAAUUCCAGCCACCUUUUCUGAAUCAUGACCUCUGAUGUCUCCAUGGUGACAUCUGGGACCACGUAUAUUGGCUCUGCCUGGUGGGGUCCCCCUUGUAACAAUAAAGUCUAUUUAAACCUUGC